UUGCCUUCUGAAAAUAAAACCAUCUACAGGAAGCAAAUAGGCUGCGAUCGAUGUCAUAGAGAAGGUUGUGAAAUCGAAGAAAAAGCAGGGGAAGACCUUCAAGCUUACUACCAAUGCCCUCAUGGCUUACUUCCGUUGAACGACACCACCGAAGAAUGCCACUGUCAGAGCCCAAUGCUUGCCAUACACUUAGGUUCGGCCUACCCACCCAAACGACCAGAUGAACCGACCGAUCUCAGACCACGUAGCAGUACUUCACCAACCCGUCGGAAGAAUUAA